AUGACGAGCACAAACGUCACCAGCGGCACCGCGUCGGUUGCGACCACGCCAUCGACGACGCCGACGCCAACCUCGUCGGGGGGCGUGCCUACAACGUGGCCCUCGACCACGUACACGCUGCCGACGAUGACGUCUUGGGGAUCAACGCCAAACGGGUUCGGCGACUUCAAUGUCGGCGACAGGAUCUUGCAGCUCGUCACUAGCGGGUCGAACGGCGAGAAGAUUGUUCGCGGCUUUCUUAUGGGCGUUGCCAUCGGCAUCAUUCUGGGCGGCGCGGUCUGCUGCUGGGUUCCGUGUUUCGGGAGAGGCAGGCAGCAACGGCGGGAAAGGAGGAGACAGCAGCGAGAGCAGGCCCAACGACAGACCCGUGAUGAAGCGCAGCAGCAUCAAGGCGGCCAGACGGACGGCCAGGCGACGACGGCAGCAGCACCUCAGACCGAAGAUGCGCCGGCCGCGGAGAGGAGCUACAUACGCCUACGUUGGGAUCGUCUUCGACGGCGGCAGAGGGUUUAA